GCUAAAGACCUCCGCUGAUCGCCGCGCUCCACUUCGUGGUCACUCCUCGUUCUGCUGCCAGGUGGGCUCCUCGUGUCGGCCAUGAACUUCUCUCGGACUUAAGGGCUUUUUUCUUCCAGAUCGGAAGGUGAAGCCGCAGCCGAGCGGCCGAUGGGCGAGAAACAGAGCCAGUGAGAAACAGAGAAGAAGCCGCUGUGUCAGUGAGAGAAAGACUUUGGAGGCUCUCGGGGAUCCAGAGGCUGAUUUGGGUUUUUGGCGAGCCGGAGACCCGUCCGAUUUAAACAUAGCCGACCUUUGUCCCAGCUUCGUCCCCUGGCCCGCGAUGGGUUCAGACGUACGUGACCUGAACUCUCUGCUGCCGCCGCUCCCGUCGUGCCCCAGCCCCGGCUGCCCGGCGCUGCCCGUCAGCACGGCCCCCCAGUGGGCCCCCGUGCUGGACUUCCACACCGGCGCCUCCCCGUACUCAUCGCUGGCCGCCCCGCACGCCUCCCUGGCCGCCCCCCACGCCUCCCUGGGGCCGCACUCCUUCAUCAAGCAGGAGCCCAGCUGGGGGUCCGCCGUCGACCCCCACCACCACGAGGCCGACUCCCACUGCGGCCUCAGCGCCUUCACCGUCCACUUCUCCGGGCAGUUCACCGGCACGGGGGCGUGCAGGUACGGGGCCUUCGGGGCCCCGCCGCCCUCGACUCAGCCGCCGUCGGUGGCCGCGCCGCACCACCACCAGCCCCCCGGCAGGAUGUUCAGCAACCCGCCGUACCUGACCAACUGCAUGGACACGCAGCAGGCGGCACGCAACCAGACAGGCUACAGCGCGGUCGCAUUCGACGGGGCCGGUAAUUACGGCCACACUCCCACACACCACAACUCGCAGUUCUCCAACCACUCCUUCAAGCACGAAGACGCGCUAACCCAGCAAAGCACCAUGGCGGAGCAGCAGUACCCUGUUCCUCCACCGGUCUACGGGUGCCACACGCCUUCGGACAGCUGCACAGGCAGCCAGGCUCUGCUAAUGAGAAACCCAUACAACAGCCACGCCGCGGGCUACGACAGCGACCCCAGCACCCCCAUGCUGUACAGCUGCAGCACGCAGUACCGCAUACACACACACGGAGUCUUCAGGGGCCUUCAGGAUGUGCGUCGGGUGCCCAGCAUCGCUCCGGCCAUCGUGCGGUCAGAGGGCAGCGAGAAGCGUCCGUUCAUGUGCGCCUACCCAGGAUGCAACAAGCGAUAUUUCAAGCUGUCCCACCUGCAGAUGCACAGUCGCAAACACACAGGGGAGAAACCCUACCAGUGUGAGUUCACAGACUGCGGCCGCAGGUUCUCUCGCUCUGACCAGCUCAAGCGACACCAGAGGAGACACACAGGAGUUAAACCCUUCCAAUGCGAGACGUGUCAGAGAAAGUUCUCUCGGUCUGACCACCUUAAGACACACACCCGGACUCAUACAGGUAAAACAAGCGAGAAGCCGUUUAACUGCCGGUGGCCCAACUGUCAGAAGAAGUUUGCCCGGAGCGAUGAGUUGGUGCGACACCACAACAUGCACCAGAGGAACCUCACCAAGCUCCAGCUGGCCAUCUGAGGCCCGUAAACACCCGGGGUUACGUCUGCUUGUCUGUUCCUCUGUUAAUGCAAAGCCGGGGACCCCGCUUGCCCCCCGGAAACUACCCUGUGUGGGAACCAGUGUCGUCCUGUUAGAAAGUGAAUAGUAGUAAAGAAAUAGAUACCACGGUCUACACUUAUAAGCCAAAAGAGUCUUGACAAAAACAGUCUCUAUUCGCCCCGGGAGUGAGAUUUAAAAGAUAAGGCUGGCAAUAAUUUUUACGUUUGUAUUGAGAAACAAAUCCUGAAACUGCGUGAUAGCCGCAGCUCCCCUUCAAUCCGUUGACUGGGAUGUGGCGGUGCCGACGUAGAGGCCUCCAGACAAAAGUUAUACGCAAUAUUUGGUCAGGUGCUGGGUUUGGCCAAUCACAUGCAGGCCUGCAUUCCUGGUCGAUCACGUUGUAUUUCUACUGCUUACUUUACCUUAAAAUAGUUCUGUUUAGUUUCAUUUUGUUUCGUUUCAUGUUCAAUGACAGUCCCAAUGAAAUAUAAAACCUCUUGUAUUCGAGGCUGUGCUGAACAAGACGGCAGCAUAAAAGCACAAAUAACAGACUGAGGGAGAAAGUAUCAAAAAGAAAGAAAACGUACAACUUGAAAAGUUCACAUAAAAGACACAAGUCACGGACUAAAGAUAAGCAGCUAAUUGUGCCAACCAAUAAAUGAGCAUAGAGUCAUAGUGUCAUAGAUUCAGUAUGAUAAGUUGUGGAAAAAAAACCAGUGUUCAAUGUUUCGCUGUCUCAAAGACCUUUAAACUCAUCGUCCCACCAAUCCCAAUCACAACAGGCCCAGAAUCUGCUCCGGCUGACAAUCUGAUACAAUGGGUCACAAACAUUUACUUUAAGUGAAUAUGUUUCUUGUUGUUUUUUCAGAAAAUGUUCCUCAAAUAGUAAAUAGUAUAUAAUACAAUCUUGAUUGGGACUAUUUUUCAGCUGCAACAUGAGUGGGUUUGAGUCCAAAAUAAAUGAUGGUGUCCAUGUUGUACGGGAGGAACAUUGCUCGUUGCUUAUAAUAAUUGUUGGGCAACCGUGGAGGGCAACUGCAUUGAGGUUUGUGACAGAACUUGUUCUGUAGGAUCCAUUCAGAGUCAUUUUCAUUGGAACAGUUCUCUGUUGGUCAAAAGAAAAUGGCCGCCGUCGUUAUUUAUUGUGGUCAGAGCACACUUCUUAGCUAUGUCGCCUCUCCUGACGCAUGGACACCAGCCGGCUGUCUGGCUCAUUGCCUGUAACCAGUGUCGAAGAAGAAAGCGUGGUGGAAUGAGCACACGGGCUAACUAGCCAGCUAUCCGCUAGUUAGCUACGUAGCCUCUCCGGCUCUCUCGCUUCUUAAAGUUACUACUCCGGGGUUCCUUUUAGUCGUUACUAUAGUAUACAGUUUACAAUUUCAUUUCUGGAUAACCAGAAAAUAUGUUUCCUGUUUACCAGUCGAUUCUGUUCCAUAAGCAUACAAAUGGAUCAUGUCAUCAAUAUGUUAUUCACCCCCAAGUUAUUGACUGUAUUCUUGCCGUCAUUCCACCAGCGUGUGUACAGUGAGGUCAAAGGUCAGAUAUGCGCCUCUCUGCUGGUAAUAUCUCUUUAUGUGGAACUACCUUGGGAAAGGCUUAUUUAUUAUAAACAACUGAUCUCACUGGAGGGAUUUAAAGGGAGCGAGGCGCCGCUCCGUCUCUGUGCGGUGGUAGUUUUCACACUCUCGCCAUAAAGGGGUUUUAUUUUAUUUAAAGACAUCCAAAUUAAGUGAAGUGCUUGCAUCUAACAACCCAUGCAGUGUGUUUGCAAUGCGAAAUGUUGGUCUUUUGUCUGGUCGGCAUUAAAAUAAACAUUGUAAACUUAAAUACUCUCUAUAUUUAAACAAAGCUGAUGUUUUUUUGUUUUUUGAGUAAUAUGAGGAUUGGAUUUUAAUUUCUUUUUCAGGCAGCGCUCCUGAGAGUCUCUUGUCUCUGCGGUGUGUAAAUAUUGCUGCAUGUUGGCAGUGUGUUAGACUCUAAAAUAUGUCUGUUUGGUCACACUGGCUCUGUGGCCGGGACAUUACGGUCAAGAUGUAAAUAAUACUCGUUCAACGUGGGAAUCGAACUCUCUCCAUGGGCAAAAAUAUGUAACUUAAAUGAUAUGUUUUAGACUUGUCUUUGGAUGGAUCCAGGAAGUGUUUAUACUUUUCAUUUUCUUCAUUUCCAUGUGUAUUCAUAUUUCAGUCACCAAACAGCAAAUGGCAGUGCAUUGAACACGAUGGUUUCCCUCUCUUUAAAUGUAUUGUGACUGUUUUGAGACAGUUUGCUUCUGUGGUCUUUUAGUUAUUCAUUUCAACUGUUGUUUGAUAUGAAGCGGAGACUCGACAGGGGACUUGGCUGAACUUUAAAAAAACCAUAAAACAUCCAGUUGAUUACUUUUACACUAAGACAAUUAUUAUUUGCAUAACAAGUGUUCUAAAAAUGUUAUGUAAUAUGCAAAUGAUGCAUUAUUAUACGUACACAUUUGCAUAACUUUGCAGAGCAGAAAUCAAUAAAGCCAGGUUCGUCCAAAAGAUCUGAAUAAGUAAAAAAAGCACUUCUGAAAAAAGUUGAAACAAUUUUCAUCAUGUUUUUUUUUGAAUAAAAUGUUGUAUAAAUCAG